AUGAAAUUCUUUCUCCUCUCCGUCAUUAGUAUUGUAUUGCUAUUACAAUUAGGUUCUAUUUGCUCGGGGAAAGUCGAGAGUCCUUCAAAGCCUAUUGGAUCUUCUUUCAAUCCCGAUUAUGAUCUCUCUUGGAUCAAAAGAAUAUUCGCUUUGAGCCCAAAUCGAAAGGAUAUUGCCUUAGUCAAUGAAUACAAAUCAUUGAUGAGCGAUGCUGUGCUUUUAUGGAAGAAGCCUUUAGGGUCUCACGAAUCCUUAAACAAACUCAAAAGAAACAAAGAAGAUCGUAAAAUCCUUCAAGAUAUUCAUCAGUUCUUGAUUUUUAUUAAUGAUCAAAGCGUUUGCAUCCCUUAUUUGAUGGAUUACAUGCAAAACGUUGAAUUUUUUAGUCUUUUCGAGCAAUGUAUUUCGGAGUGGGUCCGAGAUCAUUUCAUGUUUAUCUUUACGAAUGAGAGGAUUCCUAGAGAGACUGAUGAUUUGAAUGCCAUUCAAGGUAUUGAAUUUGGUCUACCUGGGAUACCUUCCAAACCACUAAUAUCUGAUGAAGAAUCCGUGUUGGAUGAUAUUCUCGAAGAAGUGCCACAUCAUGUCCAUGAUCCAUCACCCAUUCCAGAAAUACUUGAUGAAAAGGAUGAAUUAUGGAAUGACUUGGACACCACUCUAUCCUCAGAACUGGAAUUACUUUCUGAUGAACCAAUGACACAACAACAUGAUGAAGAGAAUGUCUUGCUGAAAGAGAUGAUGGAUGAAAUGAUACAAGAAUCACAACUCAUGCUUUCCGAUCAGCAGCAAGCCAUGGGUGAAUCCUCUGAUGAGGAACAACCGUAUCAAGACGAUGUAACGAGUUCAAUGAUUAAGGAAUUGGAAGAGACCAAACAACAUGAUGAAUCCUUCUUCUUACCUACAUCCAACCCACACGACCCUCGAAACGAGGCUUCCAACUCGAUCCAUUCACUUGAUCGAAAAGAGAGUUCAGAUUGGACUCCUACAAAUACUCAACAACAACAACACCACCACCAUGAUAAGGACUCACAGGCACGCACAGACGACUCGUCUCAAUUGUUUUCCAGCAGCAGUAGUAAUAGUACUAGUGGUGGUGGUGGUGCUGAAGAGGACCAAACUUUGAAUUCUCAAAUCACUCCUCCCACUCAUACUCUCACAACAUUGAACAACAUCCCCCUAGUGCUGCACCCAACAGAAAUUCACAACAUUUCAACUUGCAUCGAUUACGUCAUUCAAAAAUCAAAAUUAUUUCGAGCAUUUUAUAAUUUGAAUGAAAACAUUAUGAAAAGUUACAACAAGACACUCUCACUCUUUAAAACCUCAGAAUUUUCACUCAUUCCAUUAAUUACAAAAUCUAAAAGGUUAUCCAAUGAAUAUUCAGAAUCAGUGUUCAUGACCAAGACGUAUACGAACGCUAUUCAUAAUACAUUGAGCGCCAUGUCCACCAUGGUCACCACAACAAUACCUACCAAUGUAUUGAUUGGAAGAGGAUUUCAAGUACCAGCUCAAACAUGCAACGAUAUUCAACCAUUAAGAAAUUUCAAUUUUAAAUUUCGUUCCGUAUGGAUUGAACCUUCCAAAAAGAGAGAUCCAAACAAGUCUUUUAGAGUCUAUUGCGUUUCAGAAAAUGAUUCACAGAGUUUGAUGAAGAGUUCUUCAAGUUCGAAGCCUCAACACGAUACACAACCAAAUCGAAUGUGGAUGUUGGUCGCUAAAAAGGCUUCUUUCCAUUCUUUUGGAAAUGACACUGCAUGUUCUCCAUUUUCAUGUAGUUUGAAUCGUAACUCAUUAGCAGUGUUCGGCCCAAAUGCACCAUCUCCAUUGGCAUUUAUAUCUCUCAGUCCAUUUGAUGAAGUAUUUGUCAAUAACGCAAUGACUGCUCGAGUUGUGUUUACUUCAAAUCAUUUUAGGAAUGUAAUUUCACACUACGAUGUUCAUACCUCAAUUGGAACACCAAGAGAGUUCAUGACUGCUGUAGCUCAGAAAGUUCCAUUCCACACCGAAGCUUUACUAUAUUUGAAUAUUGAAAACAAAAACCAAGCAUGA